CCCGCAGGUGAGCACAGCCAACCGCGCUAAUCGGAGGCGCGGGGGAAGGAUACCACAGCCACACCGACAUCGCGGGGCUCAGGAGGCCAUGAAGAAGGCCUGGCAGAAAUGGGGCCACAAGAGAGCCCUGGUGCGUGGCCGCCUCGGGGUGCAGCUGCCGGAGGCUUCCAACCUCGUGCGCGUCUUCCUCAGCUCCACCUUCUCGGACAUGCAGACGGAGAGAGACACGCUCCUGGACAAGGCCUACCCCGAGCUGCAGGCCUUCUGCCAAGAGCGGGGCCUCACCUUCGAGGUGGUAGACAUGCGCUGGGGAGUACGUGACACGGUGGCGGUGGACCACAUGACCACGGAGCUUUGUCUGCGGGAGAUCGAGAGCUGCCAGAAGACGUCUGUGGGCCCCACCUUCGUGGCCCUGCUGGGGAACCGCUACGGCUACCGACCGCUCCCGCGCACCAUCCCCGAGGCGGAGAUGGAGGCGCUGCGCGGCUGCGCGACCCGCGAGGAGACGGAGCAGCUGGACGCGUGGUUCUGGCGGGACGCCAACGCGGAGCCGCCGCUCUUCCUGCUCCAGCCAAUCACCGCCCUGCUGCCGCACUUCGACGACCAGGACCCCUCGCGGGCCGAGUUACAGGCGCGGGACGCGGCGCUCUGGAGAGACGCGGAGUCCCGCCUCUCGGACAUCCUGAGACGCAGCGCGGGUGCCGCCAUGCGCAAGGGUCUCCUCUCCGCAGAGAGAUACCACGCGUACCUCUGCUCAGUCACCGAGGCGGAGAUAGAGAUGGGCGUGCUGAGCCCCCCCCCGCCGGCACGGGGCGGGGGGGGCGCCCCCAACCCCCCCACCCGCCCCCACCGUGCGGCCGAGUGUUGCUCCGUGUUCGUGCGCGAGGGCCCGCGGGUGGCCGCGUGCGUGCCCGCGACGGCGAUGCGCGCCCGCGUCUUUCGUGGACGCCGAGCGCGGGCCCCGACAGGGCCUUCCGCGUCGACGCCGAGGCGCAGGCGCUGCUGCGCUCGCUCAAGCGCCGACUGCGAGCCGGCACGGCAGUGGCGGCGGCGUCCGGGGCCCCCGGCGGGAUCCGAGAACGCCCCCCGCGCCCGCCUCGUGGUGUACCAGGUGGAGUGGAGCGAGGGCAUGGUGGACUCGGCCGUGGAGUCGCACCGCCGCUACCUGGACAGCGUCUGCCGCACGUUCACCGCGGAGCUGAAGCGGCAGAUCACGCGGUGCGUGGAGGCGGCGCGGCGGGCGCAGGCGCCGGACGACCGCCUGCUGCAGGAGCUGGGGACACCACGCGGCGCAGUGCGAGCGCAAGUCCCGGGGCCUGGACAUUCCCCCGGUGGUGUGUUCGGACCGUCGGGCACCGGCAAGACGUCGGUGCUGGCCGAGUUGGUGCGCCAGGCGCCCGAGCAGCUGGGCGAGGAGGUGGUGGUGGCGGCGCGCCUGCUGGGGACGUCGCCGCUCAGCUCGGACAUCCACGCGGUGCUGCGGGGCCUCUGCCUGCAGCUGUGCCUCGCCUACGAGCGCGAGCGGCCGCCUGCACACGUGCUCAACGUCUACGCGGACACCGUGCGGUUCUUCCACCGGCUUCUGACGAGCUUGGGCGAGCAGCCGCAGGCGCCGCCGCUGCUGCUGGUGCUGGACUCGCUGGACCAGCUGUCGGGCGCGGACGGUGCCCACCGCCUGCACUGGCUGCCCAAGCGCUACGCGGCGAGCGUGCUCGUGGUCGUCUCCACGCUGCCCAGCGAGCACGGCAUCCUGGACGCGCUGCGCGCCGCCGUGCACGACGCGGCCGCGUACCUCGAGGUCGAGCCUCUGAUGCCGGAGAACGGCGGCGAGAUGAUGGAUGGGCUCCUGCGGGCGGCGGGCCGCACGCUGGCGGGCGAGCAGCGCGCCCUGCUGCUCUCGGCGUUCGCCCGCUGCGGGCAGCCGCUCUUCGUGCGCCUGGCGUUCGACGAGGCGCGCCGCUGGCGCUCGUUCGCGCCGCUCGGCCUCGAGCUGCGCGGCCGCGUGGCGAGCGACACGAGGGAGGCGGUGCACGCGCUGUACGCGCGCCUCGAGGACGACUAA